AUCCAAAAGCCAAAAAAAAAAAAAUCAAAUCUUGAAAUGCUCUGAAAACAUGAACACUCUUCCCGUCGUCUCUCUCACACCUUGUUCUUCCUUCUUCAAAUUCUUCCAUUUUCCUUCUCUGCACCUUUCUCUCUCUCAUUCCCCAAACUUCUGUUUCACCAAAUCCCUAAUCCUCAAUCCAAACCAACUCUCCUUCAAAUCCUCCUUAAAUUCUCUCUCACCGUCGCAGUCUCAGCUCUCCGAGGAGUACGAGGAAGACGACGACGACGAAGAAGAAGAAGAAGAAGAAGAAGAAGACGAAGAUGACGAUGACGACGAAGCUGCAGACGAAUACGAGAAUAUAUCCGAUGAAAUUGGUAAUAGCGACGACGAUGAAGAAACCGAGUUCUCGGUGGAUUUACCAACGGAGGAAUCAGCUCGGGAACGAGUCGAGUUCCGGUGGCAGAGAGUUGAGAAGCUUCGUAGUCUUGUUCGAGAUUUUGGUGUUGAGAUGAUUGAUAUCGAUGAACUCAUUUCCAUCUACGAUUUUCGAAUCGACAAGUUUCAGAGAUUGGCUAUUGAAGCUUUUCUUAGAGGUUCUUCUGUUGUGGUUUCUGCUCCAACGAGUAGUGGGAAGACUUUGAUUGCUGAAGCAGCUGCUGUUGCUACGGUGGCUAAAGGUCGUCGGUUGUUCUAUACUACACCGCUUAAAGCACUCUCUAAUCAGAAGUUUCGUGAGUUUAGGGAGACAUUUGGCGACGAUAAUGUUGGUCUACUCACAGGUGACUCUGCUAUCAAUAAGGAUGCUCAGAUUGUGAUCAUGACUACAGAGAUUCUUCGGAAUAUGUUGUAUCAAAGUGUUGGAAUGGCUUCUUCAGGGACUGGACUUUUUCAUGUUGAUGCUAUUGUUUUGGAUGAGGUUCAUUAUUUGAGUGACAUUUCUAGGGGAACUGUGUGGGAGGAGACUGUCAUUUAUUGCCCAAAGGAGGUUCAACUUAUAUGCUUAUCAGCUACAGUUGCAAAUCCAGAUGAAUUAGCUGGUUGGAUUGGUGAGAUACACGGUAAAACUGAGUUGGUAACAUCUACAAGACGCCCAGUUCCAUUAACUUGGUUCUUCUCAACAAAACAUUCUUUAUUACCUCUGCUUGAUGAGAAAGGGACAAAUGUUAAUAGGAAGCUGUCUCUCAAUUAUUUGCAACUGUCUGCCUCAGAAGCUAGAUUCCGUGAUGAUGAUGACGGGUACAGGAAAAGGAGGUCAAAAAAGAGAGUAGGUGAUACCAGCUACAACAGCCUUGUGAACAUUACUGAUUAUCCUCUUUCAAAGAAUGAGAUAAACAAGAUUCGCCGAUCACAGGUACCUCAAAUUAGCGACACAUUAUGGCAUCUCCAGGGGAAAGAUAUGUUACCAGCUAUAUGGUUCAUUUUCAACCGUAGAGGAUGUGAUGCAGCUGUACAGUAUGUUGAAAACUUUCAGCUUUUAGAUGAUUGCGAGAAGAGUGAGGUUGAGUUGGCAUUGAAGAAGUUUCGCGUUCUUUAUCCAGAUGCAGUGAGAGAGAGUGCAGAGAAAGGACUGCUUAGGGGAAUUGCUGCUCAUCAUGCAGGUUGUCUACCUCUUUGGAAAUCUUUCAUUGAGGAACUGUUUCAGCGAGGACUUGUUAAGGUUGUCUUUGCUACUGAGACACUUGCUGCUGGAAUAAACAUGCCGGCUAGAACGGCUGUUAUCUCGUCUCUAACAAAAAAGGCUGGUAAUGAACGAAUACAGUUGGGUCCUAACGAAUUGUUCCAGAUGGCUGGACGUGCUGGACGCAGAGGCAUUGAUGAAAAGGGCUACACUGUGCUGGUUCAGACUGCUUUUGAAGGUGCCGAAGAGUGCUGCAAACUUGUCUUUGCUGGAGUUAAACCUCUCGUGUCACAAUUUACUGCUUCAUAUGGCAUGGUACUGAAUCUGGUAGCUGGUUCAAAAGUUACUCGUAAAUCAAGUGGAACUGAGGCCGGGAAAGUCUUACAAGCAGGGAGAAGUCUGGAAGAAGCCAAGAAAUUAGUUGAGAAGAGUUUUGGAAACUAUGUGAGCAGCAAUGUGACGGUUGCUGCGAAGGAGGAACUUGCUGAAAUCGACAAGAAGAUCGAGAUUCUGUCAUCUGAAAUAAGCGAUGAAGCAAUAGAUAAGAAGAGUAGGAAACUUCUAUCAGCGAGGGACUACAAGGAGAUCACUGAACUUAAAGAAGAGCUACGGGAAGAGAAACGCAAGCGUGCUGAAGUACGAAGAAGAAUGGAACUCGCAAGGUUCUCAGCUCUAAAACCGCUCUUAAAAGGGAUGGAAGAGGGGAACUUACCAUUUAUUUGUUUGGAGUUCAAGGAUUCUGAAGAGAGGCAGCAGUCAGUCCCUGCUAUUUACUUGGGACAUAUUGAUUCAUUUCAGGGUUCCAAACUUCAGAAGAUGAUGUCUUUGGAUGAGUCGUUUGCAUUAAACGUAAUCGAGGAUGAGCCGGCGGCUGAUGAACCUGGAAAGCCUAAUGUUAAACCGUCUUACUAUGUGGCCCUUGGCUCUGAUAACUCAUGGUAUCUCUUUACUGAGAAGUGGGUUAGGACUGUCUACAGAACUGGUUUUCCUAACAUUUCUCUAGCGCUUGGAGAUGCUUUGCCUCGAGAAAUCAUGAAAACUCUCCUGGAUAAAGCAGAUAUGCAGUGGGAUAAACUAGCUGAAUCUGAACUUGGAAGUUUGUGGAGAUUGGAAGGAUCUCUAGAGACAUGGUCCUGGAGUUUAAACGUACCUGUCCUAAGCAGCCUUUCUGACGAAGAUGAGGUGUUACAUAUGUCCGAAGAGUAUGAUAACGCGACGGAACAAUACAAGGAACAAAGGAGAAAAGUGUUUCGUUUGAAGAAGAAGAUGUCCCGGUCAGCAGGGUUCAGAGAAUAUAAGAAAAUUCUAGAGAAUGCUAACUUGACGGUUGAGAAGAUGAAACGGCUCAAGGCAAGAUCGAGACGUCUUAUAAACCGUUUGGAGCAGAUCGAACCGUCUGGUUGGAAAGAUUUCAUGCGCAUAAGCAACGUGAUUCACGAAAGCAGAGCAUUGGACAUUAACACACACUUGAUAUUUCCUCUGGGAGAAACCGCUGCUGCAAUUCGAGGAGAAAACGAGCUUUGGCUUGCAAUGGUGCUGCGGAACAAAGCCCUGGUGGAUCUCAAGCCUCCUGAACUAGCUGGUGUAUGUGCAAGUUUAGUUUCGGAAGGCAUAAAAGUUCGACCUUGGAGAGACAACAACUAUAUAUACGAGCCAUCUGAUACCGUAGUAGACAUGGUUAAUUUCUUAGAAGACCAAAGAAUCUCUCUUAUAAAGCUUCAAGAGAAGCACGAGGUUAUGAUUCCAUGUUGUUUGGACGUUCAGUUCUCUGGUAUGGUUGAAGCUUGGGCUUCUGGAUUAAGUUGGAAAGAAAUGAUGAUGGAAUGUGCAAUGGACGAAGGCGAUCUUGCUCGUCUGUUACGACGCACAAUUGAUCUCUUAGCUCAGAUUCCUAAGUUGCCUGAUAUUGACCCGGUCCUGCAACGUAGUGCAGCAGCUGCAGCAGAUAUCAUGGACCGUCCACCAAUCAGUGAGCUUGCCGGUUAAAGAAACUACACAUUAGCUCUGUCUUUAGUGACAACCCAAAGGCAAAAAAACAUUAGAGCCUGGAAUGUGCAAGACGUGCAUAUGUAAGAAUUUGGGAUACAAGAAAAAAAUUUCAUUAAGGAUUGAUGUUGGAAAGAAUAGGAGAACAAAAAAAUA